AUGGCCACCACGGCAAGCACCCCCCACGACCUCCUCAUCCUAACCGACGCCACCUCCUCCAUGGGCCAGUUCCUCCGCUCCCUAACCGCCUCACUCCCCGACAUCAUCCGCAUAUCCGCCACCACCGGCUGUUUCGCCCGCAUCGGCGUCAUGGCCUACCGCGACUACGACGGCGCUGCGAAUGUGACCGAGUGGUCCGGUUGGUGUGCCACUUCCCCUGAUACUCCCGAUACUCCCGAGGAAACAGCAGCGGAGACCUUGAUAUCCCAAUCCACCCUCCUCUCCUUCGUCCACCGCCUCCGCCCCCUCGGCGGCGCCGACUGGCCCGAAGCCACACGCACCGGUCUCGCCCGCGCCUACACCGUGAUGCGCGCCUGCGCCCAGACAGUCAUCGUGCUGUAUGCCGACGCGCCGCCGCAUAGUCGAUUGCAGGGGGGUUUGUGGCAGACGGAGCAGACGCAUUUAGGGAAGGAGGAUACGUUUGGUGGGGAAGGGAGGAGGUUUGUGGAUUGGGUUUCUGUGGGGGAUGUUUUGGCCAGGACUGGCAAUAGUACCCAAGAAGAAAGGACGAAAAAAGCCCAAGUGUUUUGUAUCAUCCAACGCGGCGAGUACCAGGAUUUACCGGCUACGUCGAUGUUCACGUACCUGAGCACGCGUACACGCGGCGCAUGCCUGGCGCUGCCGAACCGGCCGCAGCCGUCGGGGGAAGGGAUUGCCAAGUUGACGAUUGGGGUGUUGUUGGCGUGGAUGGGGGUGGGGGAGGAGCAGGGGGAUAAGUUGGAGGAUACGCGGGUGGCGGAACGGAUUGCGUUUGUGGAGGAACAGGGGAUGGACCGGGUGAAGUCGGAGGAGGAUCGCGAGGGGGGCGUGGGGAAGUACAUGUUGGUGGAGAAUGAACUGGAUGCGAAGAAGGUGCUGAGGGAUAACUUGAGGUUUACUCGUGUGUCGUUGGCGGAGCUGGGGAGUGUGUUGCCGUGCCGGCGGGAUCCGCCCGUGCAGGACUUUGCGAAGCGGUAUCGGGAGGAUGAAGGGUAUAAGCGGUUGGUGGUGGCGCAGUUGGGGGAGAUUGUGGACGCGGAUGUGGCGGCUAUCUCGUUGAACCCGGUGUUUGGCGCGUUGUGGCGGACGGUGUGUGGUGAUCGGUUGAAUCCGGCGAGGGAUGAGCUGGUGAUGCGGUUUGGGCAGAAGGUGGCCGAGUUGGGGGAUGACGGGGUUCGGGAGCGGAUGAAGAAGUGGUUGGCGGAUAGUUAUGAUUGGGCUGCGGAGAUUCGGGGCAUGGUGGAGGAUGUGAGUGAGGCCGAGAGGUUUCCGUGUGUGUUGUUGGAUCCGACGCUGGACUUUUCGAGGUCGAAGGACGAGAAAAGGGACGAUGACGACGAUGAUGACGACGACGAUGAUGACGACGAUGAUGAUGACGACGAGAAGAAAGACUCGAUCAAGUUCACGCGCGACGAGCUGCUCGAGAUCAGCCGGUCGUGUGAUGCCCGGGUCCUGCGCCGGCUCGGCCGCGUGCUCACCCGUCUGACCUAUGUCACAACGGCCAAGGACCUGCCCGCGCACAUCGCUGCUACGUCCCAGGACCAGGUCCCCCUGAUUCCCAUGGCCCUCGCCCGGCCGGAGCACCAGCGCAAGUUCUGGAAGGUGCUGCUACACACCGUGCUCCCGGGCACCAUGCUCGCUGCUCGCCCGGCUGCCUUGCUGGCUGCGCUGAGUAUCCGCAUGGGCAUCAAACCGCUGGAGGAGGUCGCUCACACGGAACUCGUCGCCUGGCGUGGGAACUGGAACACCCUGGACAUCCCCGAGACGUGGAAUUCCAACUGCUUGGGGCUGCUGCUGGAGGCUGACAAGAAACAUCGCGAGGAGUCAGCCACACAAGUCACAGCCGAGCAGACCAUCCUCUUGGACGACGACCGCAAGCUGUUCCAGGCCCUCGCCGACUACCGGCUGUUGGAAAUGAACCUCGACGCCGAACUCCCCGUCGUUGUCGGCUGGACCCCACACAAGAGCAAGGCUCCCAUCGGACCCCUAGUCGUCUGCUCAUCCUGCCAGUGCCCACGGUCCGUCACCAUCAUGGGGCCUAACAACGUCUGCGGGCUGUGUAUCGACCCCUACGACCAGCAAGAGCAGGCUGUGCUCCACACGAGUGCGGCCCAGGAUACCAGCGACACCCUCAUCGCCUGGUCCGAGUGCUCUGUCCGAACCUGCCUCGCGCAGUACGUCGUCUACCGUCCUGACGCUCUCCGCGUGCGUGCCAAGUGUUAUUACUGUCGCCAGGUGGGUAAGGUAUCCCAGAACGACCCCUCCUAUGCUGCGCGGACCACCGCGCCGUGCGUGACCUGCACCAAGUGCCGCAACAGGGUCAUCUGGCCGACAGCCUACCGUCCAGCCGAUUUUGAGGAGGCCGUCUACCAGUGCCCGGCCUGUUCAGGGGGUACCGUCACCACGGUUGUCACAGAAGAAACGACAGCCCGCGCCCUAGCCGCCGAGAACGGCACGGCCUUCCUCCUCCGCAACGAAAACAACACCAUCCCGGCGCCGUUCACCAACCGUUCCCUCUUCCACACCAUCUCCACUAUGCGUCCGGACCCCGCCGACCGAACAACCCUCUUCCCGGCUAACAUCACCAUCCUCCCCUCGUUAUCUUUAUCCCCCUCCGAAACUGCAACCCUGAGUUUAACCCACAACACCAAACCCCUCCACACCCCCCUAACCACUCUAACCCCCCUUCAAACCGCCCUCUCCGCCAACCGCAUCCACACCUCAACCUGCACCCUCUGCCUCACCCGCCUCCCCAACCCCUCCAACACCAACCUCCACCCCGCCUGUGGCCGCCCCCCAUGUCCCUCCCUAGUAUGCACCCCCUGCCUCCGAACCUGGUACACCUCCCCCCACGCCCCCGGCCGCUUACUCAACCCAGCCUCACUCCAAUGUCCCUUUUGUCGACGCCAGCCUACCCGCAAAGCAUUAGCCAGGCUGGGAGGGGCAGGGAGACAGUUGAGAGGGGUGGAGGGGUUAAGGGAGGUGCUGGAGGAGAGUGGGGAGUGGGUUUAUGCUUGGUGUGCGGGGCCUUGUGGCAGUGCGAAGAGGUAUGUCGAGAGGGUUUGUGGGCCACCGGGAGGUGGGCAGGAGGUGGUGGGGUGGUGGUGUGGGGAGUGUACGGCUGCGAGGGCGGCUGCUGCGGCGAAUGCUAAUGCUGCUGCUUAUGCUGCUGCUGCUGCUGCUGCUGCUGCUGUUACUGAUACAGAGGGAAGGGGAAGGGGGGAUAGGGAUAGACCGCUGGUGGUGAGGGAUUGCCCGGGGUGUGGAGUGACGACGGAGAAGAUGUAUGGGUGUGAUCAUGUGCUGUGCGUGUGUGGGAUGCAUUGGUGUUUUGGGUGUGGGGAGAUGGGGGCGGAUAAUGCGGGGGAUGUGUAUAGGCAUAUGAGUGAGGUGCAUCGGACGUGGGGGGUGGAGGAUUAUGAUGAGUAUGAUGAUGAGUAUGAUGAUGAGUAUGAUGGGGAGGAGGAGGAGGAUGAGAUAGAGAUGUAG